AUGUUUCUAAAAAUCAAAGAACGACCAAUGAAUAUAACUGAGUCUUAUCUUUCCUAUUAUCGUCAUCGAUGGGGACUUCUUAUUAUCUUGAUCUCUGCAGUUUUCUUAUUUAUAUUUUCCAUUAUUCCUCAUAUUAUCUUUGCAACUUCAAAAUUGUCUGCUACUGAUGAUUUUCUUCUACCGCAAUCUUUACAAUGUCCACAAAAAAACAGAACUAGACUUGAAUCAGGUCUUUUACAUCUAGCACGUAGUCGAGUCAUUAUUUGUGGAAUGGUACGUGAUCGUGAAACACGAAUUCCUCGUAUUCGUCAACAAAUCGAACAGAUAACACGCUUGUUUGCUGAUUAUGCCAUUGUUAUUGUAGAGAACGAUUCAAAAGAUGGAACAAGACGUCAAUUAAUUCGCUGGGCUCAAGAUAAAAAAGUUGCUGGUCGAGUUCAUGUUAUUGGAUGUGGUAAUAAAGUUAAUGAUGAUCGUCCAUGCAACCUAUCAUUAGCUCGUACUGCACCAAAUCAUCUUCCAGAUCUAUCACGUAUUGAAAAGAUGGUUCAGCUACGAAAUAUCUACAUGAAAUAUAUCGAAGAUAACACUCAACUAUCACAAUAUGAUUAUCUUCUCGUACAAGAUUUUGAUCUGGUAACUUAUACUUAUGUUGAUGGACUUCUGUCAACUGGUUUUCAUUUCAAUACAGAUCCAACUAUCGAUGCAAUUUGUGCAAAUGGUGUUUAUAAUCAUAUACUAUUUGGUCGCAAAAAAAUAUUUUGA